AUGGCGCCGCCCGGGCAGCGCGCGUGUCCGGCCGGAGUCGCGGCGGCGGCGGCGGGGGGCGCCGGGGGCGGGCGGACCGUGCUGGUGCGGGGCUUGCCCCCCUCGGCCCGCGCCGCCGACCUGGAGCGCGAGUUCGGGCAGGCGGGGCCGGUCCGGCGGGCGGUGGCCGUCACCGCGCCCGGUGGCGAGGCGUGCCGCGGGCUGGGCUUCGUCAUUUUCUCCCUGCCGGAGGACGCGCGGAGGGCUCUGCGGGAGAUUCGCACCUUCGGCGGCCGCCCGGUCAGCCUGGCGCUGGCGCGGCCCAAGCGGCGGAGGACGGACGGACGGAGCUCAGAUGCUCCCCCCGAGGCGCCCCAGCAAGCCCAGAGGCCCCCCAAGGCCAGGGGACCUUCCAAGAAAGCCAGGCUGAUCGUCCGCAACCUGAGCUUCAAGUGCACCGAAGACGACCUCAAGAGUGUGUUUGCUCCUUUUGGCACGGUCCUGGAAGCCACCCUCCCCAGAAAACCAGAUGGAAAGCUGCGUGGCUUUGCCUUUGUGCAGUUCAGGAAUGUCCUGGAAGCAGGGAAGGCCCUGAAGGGGAUGAACAUGAAGGAGAUCAAGGAGCGUCCGGUGGCUGUGGAUUGGGCUGUGGCCCGGGAGAAAUACCAGGCCGCGCAGGCAGAAGGCGUUCCUACUGAGAAGAAAAUCAGGAAGGCCCAGCAGGAAGGGGCAGAUGGGGGUGAAGAACGAGGAGGAAGACUGGCAUCUCCUGGGCCAGGAAGGCCCGGCAGGGACUCUGAGCAUCAAAUUCCAGCUGCGGAUAGCGAAGAUGAGGAGCAAGAAGUCAGCUCGACUGUGCAGGAGCGGGAGCCAGACAAGGCUGCAAGUUCAGAGGAGGAAGAUGAGGAUGAUGUUGAGGAAGAGGAAGGAGGAGAAGAAGAAGAAGAGGAAGGAGGAGGAGGAGGAGGAGGUGACCCUGCCCUGAAGCAGAAGCAGCGCCCCUCUGAUGUCGCAGAGGGCCGAACUGUCUUCAUUAGGAACUUGUCUUUCGAUGCUGAAGAGGAAGAGCUGAGGGAGCUGCUGGAGCAGUUUGGAGACCUGGAGUACGUCCGGAUCGUGUUGCACCCCGACACGGAGCAUUCCAAAGGCUGUGCCUUUGCCCAGUUUGCCACUCAGGGAGCUGCCCAGAAAUGUCUGCAGAUGGCACAGGAUGAGAGUGAGGGCCGGGGGCUUCACCUGGGCGGCCGCCUUCUCCGGGUGGACCUGGCCGUCAGCCGCGAGGAAGCCCGGCAGCUGCAAAGCACGAAGGCCCAGAAGCCGAGUGGCACCCGCAACCUCUACCUGGCCCGGGAAGGCUUGAUCCGGCCCGGCACAAGAGCCGCAGAGGGUGUGAGCGCUGCUGACAUGGUGAAAAGGGCCCGGUUCGAGGAGUUGAAGCGGCAGAAGCUGAAGGACCAGAAUAUCUUUGUGUCCCAGACAAGACUCUGUGUCCAUAACCUGCCCAAGAGCGUUGAUGAUGCUGCCCUUCGGACAAUAAUGCUGCAGGCAGUUGGUGGCCAGCCUGGUGCGAGAAUCAAGGAGUGCCGGGUGAUGCGGGAGCUGAAGGGGCAGGGCCAGUCCCUGGGGUACGCCUUCGUGGAGUUCCAGGAGCAUGCACACGCCCUGCUUGCCCUGCGCCAGGUCAACAACAGCCCCCAGUUCUUUGGGGACCAAAAGCGGCCUAUUGUGGAAUUCUCCCUGGAGGAUGGGCGGAAACUGAAGCUGAAGGAGCGGCGAGCUGAGCGCAGCCUGCAAAAGCUGAGGCAGAAGCGAGCGACUGCUGGUCCAGCAGAUCAGGGGCCGUCGCCCGGCACUGGCCAGCGAGGGGCUCCUCAGAAGCCACCAAGGGGGCUGAAGAAGGCCCUGAGGGCCAAAGGAAGGGCUGGGGCCCCUGGUGGCCCUCAGGCUCUAUCAGAGCCCAGGGGGCAGAAGAGAAAGCGGCCCGGGCACCCGCCAAGCCUCCAGGCCACCAAAGGAGCCCCCUCCUGGUCCGGCUUCCAGACACACACGGAGGAGGCGGCGGUGGAGCUGCCAGAUGGCAAGAAGCGGCGCAGGGUCCUGGCCCUUCCCUCUCACUGGGGACCCAAGAUCAGGAAUCGCGAUAAGGGCAAAGCGCAGGGGGCUCCCCCAAAGAAGAAGGCCAAGCCAAAAGAGCAGAAGGCUCGCAGAGCUCCCCAUCAGGUGUCCCCAAAGAAGCAGCAGGGUGGGCGCGGCCAGGCAGAGGCUCAUUUCGAGCAGCUGGUGGAGCGGUACAAGCAGAAGAUCCUCGGCAGUGGCAAGACCACCCUGCAAGUCAAAAGGAGCAAGUGGUUUGAGAACUGAGUCUUCCCUGUCCCAGGGAAUGGAGCCCCCCAGCUUGGGCAGGGCCACCCCUUCUGUCUCUUGCUGCUUGGACAUGGAGCGCUGCCCUUGGCGAGAGGGAGGAGGCCAUGCCUGGGGCAGUUUCCUUGGCACUGCAUGGACAGGUGUGACACAGAAAGUGCAUUUGGGCCCAGGGGGCAGACAGGCAGGAAGAAGAGCCAGCCUCCUGGGGCCCGAGGUGCUGGGGUCCCUGCUGGCCCAGGACGUCUGCAGCCAGGGCCGCCGGAAUCAUCCCCCAACGCUGCCAGUGCCUCUGAAGGGGGUCUGGAGGAAGGGAGAAGGUGAGGCAGUCUCCUGCUGGGCCCUUGUGGCCCUUCCUCUGCGCUUGGUCCUAGCCUACAGAAAUGCAUCUGGGCAGCCUCAUGCUGUGUGAGGGCCUACCCGUCCUUGCCACAAGGGGUGGGUGUGUGGAGGGACCAGGCCCGAGGGUCCUUGUGGCCCUUCCUCCACGCUUGGUCCUUAGCCUACAGAGAACGUCCCCACAACGUUCUCUGCAUGGUGGAAAAUGUGGAAGGGGGCUGCUGCGAGGAGGAGGUGGCUCCAGGUAUGGAGUUCCCACCCACUGUUUAUUCAGCCUCUUUUAAUAAAUGGCUUUCUCAGAA